AUGACGGAGCCAGGCGACAUUGUGUACGUGCGUGCACAGAUUUCAGAAGGCGGCAGUGCAUCGGUGUGUGGAUGGUGCCUUGAAGUGAUUGGUGAAGAUCUCAUAAUAGGCUGCCCGGCCGCUUCUUUAGAAGGAGUGGCGGAGACCGUCACGACUAAAGUGAGUCAGCACCAGUGCGGAUACUUGCGGGUGUCGAAAGCGGCUGCUUCUGGAGCCGUGCCCCAGAAAUGGUCAGGCAUGAGGGCCAAAGACUUGGCCAGCUACACUACCUUCCAGAAAGGCUGGAAGGAAGUAAACCGGGAGCUAAAGAGCAGCGAGGCCGAGCUCAUGGAAGAUCCGCCGUUGCCUUCAAAGAAGCCAAGCGGCCGACGAAAGGGCUUGACCGAGCUGGAGGAGGACUUAGCUCAACUGCAAGGCCUGUUUGGGGAGGCCUCAGACGACAGCGAAGAGGACGAGCCAGCUCCGGUGAGGUCGCGGGGCGCGGCUUCUUCAAGUUUCCUUCCUCCGGGGGCCCCGGCUGGAGCAACUCGCCGAGUGGAAGAAGGGGAGCGCAAAGAAGGUCGCAAGGAGCUGGACUUGCAGAAGAUGAUGGCCUUAAGCUUGGCGCAAGGACGCAGCGCAGGAGACUUGAUGCCUUUGCUCCUCUUGAACUACAUGGAAGACAAGAAGCAGCGGCAGCGGCGUCGCAAGCAGCGGGAGCGAGAUCACGGCUACCUUGGUGGCUACUCCUCAGAAGACAGCGCAGGAGAAGGGGAAGAGUGGCGCGACAAGGGGAUGAGAGCAGUAUCUUCGCUCCACCAGCUGCAGCGGCGCAUUCAACGGUGCCCUCGACAGAUCUACCAGGAGUACGAGAGGGAGAUCACGGAGGAGCUGGGGGUCGUGCCGGGGCAGGCCUGGACACUCAAAGAUUACCUGCGUCGCCAGCCGUGGGGCAGAUUCAAAGGCAUAUUCAGAUGCGCGGUCAUGGAUGCCCAGGCUUACGAAUACCUCAGGGCUGGCAACUCCGAGGCGGCGAUGGCCCAGCUGGUGCAGAACAUGAAGGCGAAAGUUCAGGCGGUGCUCCAGCAGGGCGACUGGACGACAGCCUGGCUUUUGACGGGGAUCCCGGAUCCUUUGGCCAAGCGGGAGUUCGGCGGAACCAAGGAGGAGCUUGCGGUCAUCUCCGGCUACAUGGACGCGUUGUCGAAGCUCAGGAAGCGGAUGAAGGAGACGGGUCCAGGUGCUGGGGGCGGAGACGAGGACGACGACGAGGUUCUUUCCGAAUGUGGGGGGGCACUCUUGGACGAUGAGGCCGCGGAGUUCUGGGGCAAGUCUCUCUUAAAUGAGUUCGUGGCUUGGUCCAACUUCGUGGUCUUGGGUUGCCCUGAGUGUCGGGAUGGCCGUUUCGAGCCGCGAGUGGUCCAUCGAAGCAUGGAGGACAUGAGGUCUUUCGCUGAUCGGCUACUUGGCGAGGUGGUGAGUUUUAGUACCCCCGAACUGCUUAGGGAUACUCUUUGCUGUGAAGGGAAGAGGGGUGACCUUCAGUCGCUCCUGGAGCUUUUGUCUUGCUCUACGUCCUCAUAUGACGAUGUGGGUCCCCAGGUUUCGCCGGAAGCUGGCGUGGCUCUUCCUGUGGUGGCAGAGAGGGUCGCAGUGCCCGCCGAGGCCGGGUUAGUGGAUCCAGCCGAUUGGUUGGAGCCUGACCGCGCAGCGGUGUUUGAGAACCUUGACCGCUUGCGCCUGCCUGAGGAACUUUGGGGGGAGAAAGUGGUGGCGUGCCACAGGGUCCCGCUGGACCAAGAGGAGGCGGUCAUUCGCAAACUGCUUGAAACGAACAUGGUGACGCUAGUGCCUGAAGGAGAAUUACCACGGGAUGGCCAGGGCGACAUCCGAGUAGGCGGCCUCUUUAGUGUCCGCAAAAACGAUGUCGAAGACCGUCUCAUCUAUGACAGGCGGCCCGAGAAUGCCACGAUGCCUCGCCUUCGGUGGGCCGAACUGCCAAAUGGGGCGUGCUACUGUCGUCUCCUACUCAAACCACAUGAAUAUGUAAGAGGGUCAGGUGACGAUUUACGCAACUUCUACUAUAUGCUGCGACUCCCUGAGGCCUGGAUACGAUUCAACAGUGUGGGAAGAAGGGUCUCCAAAGAGCUUCUUGUGGAGCGAGGCUUGGACCCCAGCAUCGCCCAUCGAGCUUGUUUCCGCGUCCUAGGGAUGGGUGAUGUCAACGGCUGCGCUAUAGCGCAGGCGACGCAUGAGAGCAUACUUCGCAGGGCCGGACUUUUGGAGCCUGACACCGUUUUGAUCUAUGGCCGGACGGCUCCUCAGAGUGACCUCUGGGAAGGCAUUUACCUAGAUGAUCUGCUCGACGAGGACAUGCGACGGAUGGCGGCGGCAGAGGCCGCCUACUUGGAGGUGUGGUCUCUCAUCCGCCAAGUCGUGCGCCUGGGGCACUGCACUCAGGCAGCCUUGCAGAAGCUAGUGGGGCUGAUCACUUUCCAUCUUCAAUACAGGAGGGAGAUGUUUUGCCUGCAGCACCACAUCUACAAGUUCAUGUCGGACAUGCCUCCUCGUGGGGUUGUUCGGCUCCCAACUUUCGUGCUGGAUGAGCUUCGUAGCCUAGGCCUUCACCUCCCUUUCUGUUACACCAGCAUGCGCAGGUGGAUCUCCGAAGAGGUUUUGGCGACGGACGCGACACCGACUUCGGGCGGGGCCGUCGUUGCUCAGGUGCCUGAAGCUCUAGCACGUGAACUGUGGAGACUGUCGGAGCACCGAGGUGAAGCAGUCCGACUGGACCGAACGACUGACUUCGAGAUCGAGGUUGGUGAGCCAAAGGAACCUUCUAUCUUCGCCAGUGUGUGUGGAGAGUGCUUGGAUUGGAACGUGGCGUCCUCGUACCAUUUUCGAAAAACCUCCCAUAUAAACUUGCAAGAGGCACGCGCCCUCAAGAAGGAGCUCGCCAGCCUUGCCUCGGACCCGGCCAACCACGGGAUGAUCAAGAUUUGCUUGAACGACAGUCGGGUAUGUGUAGGGGCUUUUGCAAAGGGCAGGUCAAGUUCGUUUCGGUUGAAUGGUUGCCUUCGUAGUCUUCUACCUUUUCUCAUUUUUGGCAACGUCUCCUUUGGCAUCUUGUGGAUAGAAACACAUUCGAACCCCGGAGACUACCCUUCACGGUUUACCCCGCUUCCAGUCCCUCGAGAUCCUCCCCGCUGGCUUCGACGCUUUGGAGUAGGUGGAGACAAACUUGCACUGCCAGGGCUUGAAGUGUUUGCAGGAACCGCGGUCCUAACAGCAGCUUUCAUACGUGCAGGCUGCGCCAUGCUGGGCCCUGUCGACCUCCUCUACGGCAAGGACGCUCUGGAGGAGUGCUGGGCUGAGCUCAUUAGAACCAGGGCUGUUGCUUGGGUUUGGCUGUCGCCCCCGUGUAGUUCCUUUUCGCCCCUCACGAAUUUGGGCGCCGGGGGCCCCCUUCGCACCAAAGGCCAGCCGGAGGCGGAUGCAAGCAACCCACGCACGGCUCUCGGAAAUCUCUUGUGGAGGAGGGCCAUCGCACUGGCUGAGCUUGCUUUGAAAGCAGGGAUUCCUUUCUUUCUUGAGCACCCCAAGGGCAGCUACGGUUGGCUUUUUCGGGAGAUUGAGCUGUUGCGGGCGAAGGCCGGGGUCACAAUGCACGAGCUCCACAUGUGUGCCUAUAGCAGUGCCUACGUGAGCUGGUGCCAUGACCGGACGCCUGCAGAACGCAGGAGCAUUGACUACGCAUUGUCUCGAGCCAUCGAGGUUGCAUAUGACGAGGGGGAGAAGGGGCUUCUUCUGACGUGCUUGAGCGAGGGCCAGAAGGUCACGGGUUGGGCUCGGCGGAUUUGGUGGGCUACCAUGCUUGCUUCAUGGUUGGCUUUCUGGGGCUUGAUGAGGCCUGGCGAGGUGGUGAACCUUCGAAAGAAGGAUCUGGCCUUCCCGGAGGCUGUGGCUAUGGGGGAGGCUGCGUUGGGCUUAGUGAUCCUCAUCCGAAAGCCAAAAACUCGUCGCACAUAUCGCACUCAGAUGGUAUUAGUUAAGGAGGUUGCUGUGGUACUUUGGUUGUCCUGGUGGACGGCAGCUCUUCGGCCAAACCAGCUGGUCUUUCCGAUGUCUCGCAGGCUUUGGGGAGAGCGGAUGAAGGAGGCGCUGCGUCGUCUGAGCCUCGAGGGUUGCAAGUAUACGCCGUCUUCUUUUAGAGCGGGGGGGGCGACGCAUCACUACCGCGUCAACCAGAACAUCCCACAAUUGCAGUUCAUGGGGAGGUGGAAGUCACUGGAGUCUUUAAAAAGCUACAUCCACGAAGCUUUGAGCGUCCACAUCGCACAGCAGGCGCCUGAGGAGGGUCGACGAAAGUUGGAGAGCGCCCAACGUUUUGUGCAUCUUUUGCAGCAGCCUCCUCACUUGCCGGCGCAGCUUCUUCAGUUUCUUCUUCAGUUUGGUCUGCGGCGGCACGUGGUUCUGAAAAUGGAUCAAGGCGUUGGUGAUCUGGUGCCAGGUGCAGCCGGGCGUCCCCAAGCCGAUGCAGAGGAGGGUCAAAGGACUACAGCGGCGGCCACCACAGUCCGGCAUGCUUUGCAGCAAGCCGCGGCCCAGCUAGGGCCUGAGGAAAUUGAGCCGGGUCUGUCAGCUUCAGAGGUGGUGGCAGAUGCUUCCUCCUGGGCGUCAGCUUCGCGAUGGAGAAGUGGAUCCAACGCGCGUCGUUUCACGGCGGCGCUCUGUCGCAUGCUUAGCUUAUUGGAAGGUCUACGCCCUGAUGUUGGUGAAGUCCGUGCUGCAGACACUUUAGAGGGCCCACAGCCCGUGGAACCCCGCCCUCUCCGAGGCGCUCUGGCGCGACGUGGUUCAACUUCAGUGGCGGCUCAGGAACCUCAGGUCCGCCAGAUGGUAUGGUCCUGGCUCCUUCGUCCUCUUCGCCUUUGGAAGACUUGUGCGGUUCUCCUCCUCGUGCUGAUAUGCCCCAGGCUCGUCGCCCUCUUGGCCUCCAUGAUCAUACGGUUGCUUUGUCGAGCCAUGAUUCUGGUGCUUGGACGUGUGGCCCAUGAGCUGUGGCAAGAAGUUCGCAUGGGUAUCUCCCAUGCCUCCCUGGCAGUGACUGAGCUGGAGCUGCAACUGGUGGAGCUCCUAGAAAGUUGGAUGGGGUGGCCCAACGUGGUGCCUUCAACAGCACCGCCCUACCUCACGGACCCGUCCUUCGUGCCCAGUCCGCCGCCCACGCCGGCUCCUGGAGCUUCCCUCCCAGCCCGCCCUUUGGAAAUCGUUCACCUGGUGCUCAUGGCGCUUCUCUAUCGUCGAGACGAUGCCUUCAGCUUGAGUGAGUCCUGGGAUCCGCAUCGCUAUGAGGGCUCUGAGAGCCCGGAACGUCCCCUCUCCAAGACCUUCAUGCAGCAGGUGCGAACCGACGCUCGGGGCUCAAAGUCUUACCACCGCCACCCCGCCGCCACGGCAUUGAACCAGCAGCUGCUCAUCCCAGGCCUUGAAUCUCUCAAAGCACCAUUUGAGGACGAUGCCUUCAGCUUGAGUGAGUCCUGGGAUCCGCAUCGCUAUGAGGGCUCUGAGAGCCCGGAUUAA